AUUGAAUAGGCAAACUGGAAAAGCACAAAACGACAUUUUAGAGAGAGAAAAAUAAGGGGAGCUGGUGGGGGCGUGGUGGAUUGUUGUCUUUUUCGCAAAUUCCUCUUUUGAACACAGGAACGAGAGAGAGAGAGAGAGAGAUUGGAGCCAUAGCUUUCUCUCUCUCUUCUCGAAAACGCUUCAUUUUGUUAGAGAGAGAGAGAGAGAGAGAGAGAGAGAUUAGGGCUUUGUUUGUGCAAGCAGAAUGAAUGUCAUGCGUCGCCUCAAGAGCAUUGCUUCCGGCCGCUCCUCCGUUUCUGAUCCCGGUGGCGAUUCCAGCAUAAAGAGGAUGAAGGUUGACAAAGAAGUAGAUCGGAAGGUAACUGGUGAAUCACAAUCCUUUGAGAGAUGUGCUUCUGGUGUAGAGCGAUCUGUGGCAUCCACAUCUAUGGGAACUGCUGCAAAAUCUGGUUAUGAUGAGCUUCCCCGAGAGAUGCAUCAAAUGAAAAUCUUAGAUGAUAAAGCUGAUAAUCAGGACGAUAAGGAUAUUGAAGCCACUGUUGUUAAUGGACAUGGAACAGAGACAGGUCAAAUAAUUGCCACUACGAUAGGUGGUCUAAAUGGGCAACCAAAACAGACAAUCUCAUACAUGGCGGAGCGUGUGGUCGGCACUGGUUCAUUUGGUGUCGUCUUUCAGGCCAAAUGCCUGGAAACUGGUGAAGCUGUUGCAAUAAAGAAGGUGUUGCAGGACAAAAGAUACAAGAAUAGAGAACUCCAGAUUAUGCGUUUACUAACCCAUCCCAAUGUUGUUCAAUUAAGGCGCUGUUUUUAUUCAACUAGUGAAAAAGAUGAAGUGUACCUUAAUCUUGUUUUAGAGUAUGUAUCUGAAACUGUCUACCGAGUCUCUAGGCACUAUGUCAGGAUGAACCAGCAUGUACCCUUAAUCUACAUACAACUGUAUACAUACCAGAUUUGCCGCGCUCUUAAUUACAUGCACAGUGUUGUUGGUGUAUGCCAUCGUGAUAUUAAACCACAAAAUCUAUUGGUUAACCCCCACACUCAUCAGCUAAAAAUAUGCGAUUUCGGCAGUGCAAAGGCGUUGGUGCCUGGUGAACCAAACAUAUCAUACAUUUGCUCACGGUAUUAUAGGGCUCCAGAACUGAUAUUUGGGGCUACGGAGUACACUACUGCAAUUGAUAUGUGGUCUGUUGGUUGUGUUUUGGCUGAGCUACUUCUAGGCCAGCCUCUGUUUCCAGGGGAAAGUGGGGUUGAUCAGCUGGUGGAAAUCAUUAAGAUACUGGGCACGCCAACCAGAGAGGAAAUUAAGUGCAUGAAUCCAAAUUACACGGAAUUCAAGUUUCCUCAGAUCAAAGCUCACCCAUGGCAUAAGAUAUUUCACAAGCGAAUACCAUCUGAAGCAGUGGAUCUUGUGUCGAGGCUGCUCCAGUAUUCACCAAAUCUGCGUUGCACUGCUUUGGAGGCGUGUGCACACCCUUUCUUCGAUGAUUUAAGGCAACCAAAUGCAAGCUUGCCAAACGGUCAACCCCUGCCUCCUUUGUUCAAUUUCACUCCUAAAGAGCUGGCUGCUGCAUCUCUGGAAUUGCGUCGACAACUUAUUCCUGAGCAUAUGAACAAAUAAACAUGCGAACGUCCCGUUCGUGUAAAGAGAACUUGUAGUAGUUGUGCAUGGGAUUUUUGUGAUAAGUUGUCGGCCCAAGGCAUGCCCUAUGUCAGGUAGUUCAUGAGGCUAAAUUCUUUGGACUUCCAAGCUAAGUUAUUAUGAAAUUAGGUGCCUAACACAGUUUAGAGGGUUGUGGGAUAUGCUCUAAGGUAGUCUUUGAUGGAGAAAUAUGUUACGGAAUUGUGAGGCGUGUCGAGUGGAGCAGCGUGGCUACAAGGUUUCCAAUAUUGCUGUUAAAAAAACAAAAUCUACUAUUGUAGAUGAGUUGUUCUUUUCUUACUUUUGCUUAUUUUCUUUGUCGUCGUAGUUACAUCCAGGGUUGUGCACAUUCCAUGCACGCAAUGGAUACUAACAAAAAAAGAAAAGAAAAAGAGUUGUAUUAUAUGGGUAUUGAUGCCCUUCAACGUACGCUCAGGUAUUCUUUUUUGGGGUAUUUCAUAGUAAUUUAAAUUUCCAUUUGAUUUUGGGCCUGUUUCCAAUUUUCUUUUUGCUUUACUGUGGUGUAAAGAAAGUAUUGCAAUUUCAGAACACAAUCUCUAAUGUUAUUUCACUUGUUACUGUGGC